AAUAAAAGAAAAACUAUCCCAAACCUUCAGCAGUGGAGCAAACCUCUAUAGUAACUUCCGUCGCCCUUGAGCCAUCUCUCUCUCGCCCUCGACCCAUCAUACAGCUUCUGAUUUUCACUAAAAUCCCUCCUCCCAUCGUCCUCUCUAUCCAAGUUACGCCCUCUCCAACAAAAACAAUGAGUGAGAUCCUGGAGGACAAUUCCAUCAACGAGGCCACAGAUAAUGAUGGCUUAGAUGUGUCCUUGGAGAUCAACCUUCAGCACGCUCCAUCAGCAGGAGAAAACGAAGGAUCAGCAAGUACAACGGAAGAAAAAAUUAGGAAAGCCCGUAAGGACUCACGCAAAGCAGGGAUAGCUACACUGGGACUUUCCAGCACUGCAAUUGCCGAGUAUUCAAUUGGCAAGCAUCCUGAUGAUCCACACCGCAAAUUUCCAUCGUUCAUCUAUCGCAUGGCCAUCUUUGGGACUUUCUUGUUUGGAAUGGGGCUGUUUUUCUUCUCGUUUGUACUUCCAAAACAUCCCAAGUCAGUCGGUCAGGCCGAGAUGCUAACGUGGAUUGCUUACGUUCUGCUAUUUAUUGCAAGCUGCCUCAAAGUCCUUGUCAUGUCGUGUCUUGAAUUCAUCUCUGGGCUUCGCACAGGUAACCCACACCACAAAUUUCCAUCGUUCAUCUAUCCCAUUUCCAUUUAUGGGGCUUUAUCGUUUGGAUUUGGGCUGUUUUUCUUCUCAUUUCUACUUCCAAAACAUCUCAAGGUAGUCGGUCAGGCCAAGAAGCUAAUAUGGGUAAAUAUUGCAAUCUGCCUUAAAGUCAUUGUUCAAGUCAUGUCAUGAAUUCCAUGUCUGGGAUUCGCACAUGGCGGAUUUCUCGCUUUUAUUUUUGCGUUGCUGACUUAAUUACUCGGAUUGUUUUGGGUGCAUUUGUUAUUGUUAUUUUUGUGUUGGUAUGUCAGUUACUCGGAUGGUUUUGGGUGGAUUUGUUAUUGUUAUUUUUGUGUUAUUGUGUUAAUUACUAGGAUUAUUUUGGGUGCAUUUGUUAUUGUUAUUUUUGUGUUGGUGUGUUAAUUA